GACACAAAGGGGUCGUGGGAAGGAAUUAACAUCUCUGGAAACUUCUACUGCAACAAGCUGAAGUACCUGGCUUUCCUGCGUAAGAGGAUGGACACCAACCCCUCUCGUGGACCGUACCACUUCAGAGCUCCCAGCAGGAUUUUCUGGAGGACUGUCAGAGGCAUGCUCCCCCACAAAACCAAGAGAGGUCAGGCUGCUCUGGAGAGGCUGAAGGUGUUCGACGGUAUCCCUCCACCCUACGACAAGAGGAAGCGUAUGGUUGUUCCAGCUGCUCUUAAGAUCGUGCGUCUGAAGCCCACUCGCAAGUUUGCUCUUCUCGGGCGUCUGGCACACGAGGUCGGCUGGAAGUACCAGGCUUCUGAAACAAUAUGGAGCCCUUGUCUGAGCUGGUUGUGUCUGGCCAAUAAAGAUGAAUACAUGUUUAUAGAAAGUGUACUGACUUUUUCAUUCAUUACCACAAAAUUUUAA